AAGAAAGAUGGCGGUAAAGUUUCAUAGAGGGAAGAAAGGAAAAUGAGACUGUUUUCUUUUCCUUCGUUGUUCGCAUUAGAAAUAAACAUCUAAAUUGGUGUGAACAACGUGAAUUUGGUUACAGAAAGGUGAUUUUAUCACACAUUUAAAAAUAUCAUGGGAAAACGUAACAACAGAGAUGCAACUGUGGGUCGUCGCCGUCCCAUGAUUCAACUGGGAGGAAGUACUCAAAAAACGGGUGUGGGAUCUGUAUCUCGUAGUGCAAAGAAAGAGGAUGAAACAGUAAAAAUUGAAAAGAAUGACAAUCAAACCAAUGACCACAUUGACAGCCAACUUGCAGGAUUUUUAGCGGAAAUUAACUCUUUGGACACAACUUCUGAAGAUAGUAGCUCAAAGACAACGGAAAUUGAACAGCCAGUUGAGAAUAACACAAAUUUGAUAUAUGAUCCUGUUAAUUUUGAUCCAGCAACGCAGAGUCAUUUGCUACCAGCUCCUUGGCAAGCUUGUUACGAUGAAAGUACAGCAUAUUAUUAUUAUUGGAAUACAGAAACAAAUGAAGUCCAAUGGUAUCCACCUGUGUUUACUGUAUCCACUGUGCCACCCCCACCUCCACCCGAAAUGCAAGAUAAUACGCUAGAACUACAACCACAAAAAAUUGGAAAUAAUUCUGAAAAUAAUGAAAUUUUAAGUAACAAACCUAAUAAUGAUGAUGUAAAACUCAACAGUGCAGCAAAUGUAAAAUCAGUAAGAACAUUGGAUAUUGAGGACAGUAAUAAUGUUACCAGUCAGAUAAGUACAAAUCAACAAAUAGAUAUUUCUUCAGAAAAUGAAACAAAGAAACAAACCAGUAAGGAUGAAGACCGAAUGUUAAUGAAUCAAAUAAAAGAAAAAAUAAGGAGAAAAAAAGAAGAAAAGAUGCUUAAAGAGAAAGAAGAGCAGGAAAAAGCAGCAAAGGAAUUAGAAGAGAUAAAAGCAAAAGAAAAAGAAGAUUUGCUACGGGAAAAACUAAUUAAGAAGAAAUUAGAACGUGAAAAGACUGUAAGUCCUGAAAUAAAAGAUGAGACUGAAACAGUGAUUGAACAUGAAGUGAGCCUGGUGGCUAAUAAAAGCACCAUAAAUGAUGAAGGGUUUGCAUUAGAUAUAUUUGCAAGUGAAGAUGCAAAUGCUAGUGACAAAACUGAAAAAACAGAAAAAAUAGAAAAAGAUACUAAAAUGGCUGAGAUUGUUGAUAGCAUAGAGAAUCAAAGUGAAAUUGAACAGCCUCAACCUCCGGAGAAGCUUAGUGAUAGAGAGACAACACCCCAAAAAGAGACAGAAAAAUCAAGUGGCGAAGUUGUGACCAAAGAGCCUAAGGUUGGUUGGCGAAUUAUUGAUGCUGUUUAUGAUGAUGCCGAAGAUGAUGAUAAUGACAAAGAUAGUGAGACAAAUGAGGGUGAUGGGAAUAAUUCUGAAAUGGAAAUUGAGAAAUCAGAAGGAAAUGCUAAGUUGGUAGUAGAAAUUGAUGACUAUGCAGAAAUGCUACUUGAAGGAGCCAUUGGUACCAAAGAAGAUACAGAACCUAGUGUUCCACCAGUUAUACCACCCCCACCUCCUGAUCAUGAUGUUCGACCACCAUUACCACUGGAAGACGAGCCAUUACCAGAACUUCCUAAAGUAUCUGCAGAAGAGGAAGAAAGUUUACGGAAAGAGAUUGGUACAUCGUCCACAGAAAUAUUUGAGAAGUUGGACUUUCUUGGAAUAAACAACAAAGAUUUGAGGAAUUUGCAGAUACAUUUUAUUGAACUUGAGACACGCAUGAAAGACUGGCAAGCUGGUGCUUUGGAUAGUAAAUAUUUAGUUGCUCGACUACACGACCUAAACAUGCAGAUUUUGAAACACGAAGAAACAGCUGCACCUGCAGGCUGGCUUUGCCAUUGGAGUAGUAACUUCAAAAUGUAUUAUUAUCACAAUACGUUGACGGGGGAAUCACAGUGGGAGUAUCCUGAAGUGUCAACGCAAGUAUCAAUGCAACCCUCGCAAAUGAGCUAUGCAGCAUCCUACAUGCAAGCUGCCAUGGUUGCACCUAUGAUAAACCCAAUGGCAAUGGCUUAUAUGGACCCUACACAAGUUAUGCCUGCUGCUGUUGAUAAGUCCUUAGCUAUAUCAGCAAGUGCGGCAUCUCUUGUAUCACCGGCACAUGGUUUCAGUCGAGAACCCAUACCAAAGGAGAGUAAGAAAAGAACAGCAUCAUCUGAACAAGAAAAAGUCUCAGAUCCAUACACUGACCCGUACAGAAUCGCGAAGAAAAAGAAGAAGGAGUCUUCACAAGAACCUGAAAGUUCACAAAAUGUGGCUAAUAUUUCUGGAACAGCCAGUCCUGUACCAAAAAGCAUAAUUGCAGCUGCUCCUUUGAUAAGAGAUUCAUCACGUGAAACGAGUCCUUCUACGUAUGCAACACCUCCACGAGUUCCAGUCGAUGAGGGCGUGGCAUCACCUUUACCACCCAUCAAAAGGAAUAGCUCAUCAUCGUCUAAUUUGAGCGCAAAGGCGAAAAUGAAAAAGAAAAAGAAAGUUGACACUGUUGGCCUACCUUCGAAGAAGUUAAAACAUGUUUCAUCUCUCGUUCAAAAGUGGCAAACGGUAAAACAAAAAGUGGAAGAAGAAGAAAAUAUAGAAGAAGAAUCCGAAGAUGAAGACUUUGAAACUCAGUCAGAACGAAGAAUAGCUGAAUGGAAGAAAGACUUGGAAGCGAGCGGUAAGAUGGAACACAAUCCAAACUUUAUGGAAAUUCAAGGGAACUGGAGAGAGCGAUUGAAGAGGAAGACGACAACGUAACAGGGUUUGAUAGGUGCAUACGAAAGUAAACCUAUGGUCUUCAUGAGAAAAAUGCCGAAUCAUCAAAAUGGUACUCUUGUCAAGAGUUCUCCGUUGUAAGAUCGCGAAAGACGUCUUUUAGAGAUGUGUCGAGAUUUUCAAGAAUAAAGGUUGGAUACAACAACUGAUAUCAUGAGCAAAAUAUAUUUGACAAUAGAUUAUCAUCUUGUCUAGCUAAAUAGAUUUCAAUUCUUUUUUUCGAAGAAAUGUUUUAUAUUUUAUUAAAA